CCCAGACCUAGCCUUGCAACACCAGCAUGCCAUCAUGUAUAGAUAUGACUCUUGCACCAAGGGGGGAGGUAUUUGCAAUAUCGUUCGCUCGCUUUUGCAUUUUUGGAAGCCUCCACGAUGGCGAACUGUCCACGCAAGCCAACGAAUGCUCUCAUCACCUUCCAGGUGCUUCACUUCGUCAGUCAACUGCGCCGACGUGUCAAGCCACGUGUGCAAAGGGGCUUCGAUGGUGAUCCUCAGCUUGGCAACACGUUCCCCAUUGACCGCCGGGCGACGAGGCACUGUGCUGGGUUGUCCCGACUUAGGUCCCGCGACGCGAAGCAGCCGCAGCACAUCGCCAACCGCAUUUGCAAGUACCGCAAGAACAACCAGAAGCCGAUUAGGCCGGCACUCAGGCUUCGUGCGUCGGGCGUAGAUGUAUCCGAGCGCUCAAACAAGUCUGGAGAAGACAUGCAACAUAUGCUUAGCUCUGUUGACAACCUUCUCGGUCCUACUGGCAAGGCCCUAUCAACGAUUGCGAGCAACGAUGAGCGUUUCCUAGAACAGCGUAAUUCGCCGAUCUUCGAGUGCAAGUCCCUGGACGAUCUUGUGCAAUUGUUGAUGAGCACUUACGAGGCCAUUCAAACCCUGUUGUAUUGUCGUUCGCAGUUCAGUGACAGCUUUCUCGCAGCACAAGGUCAAGACUUUGGGCUCGAUGUGGAUGAGACGUUUGUUGCGAACUACGAGCAUUUACUGCUGCAGCUUCAGACGGAACUCAUCGACGCACUAAAGCGCAAAGCGCUGCAUGAGCUUCUGCACCCAACAGGAGGGCACAACAAAAAGCAACGCAAGCUUCUGAGUUGGUUCAAUGAAUUCGCUGAGAAGCCGCGCCCACUCAGCGCAUCCUUCCCAUGGACCAUCAAGCCGUCAUUGGCUGUAUUGUGGGGUGUCUGCUGGAUGUUCUACAACGCUCCCGGCAAUGCAUCUGUGGACGACGGUCACGAAGGUGGCAACCAUCGCGUUCCAGGCACUCGUAUGCUUCAACACGUUGAUGUUCCAUGGACCGCUCCACAAUCGUCUGAAUAUUUCAACUUCGGCUUGCAGUUGAUUGGCUCACAGCCGCAACCUGAGGUGCAACAACAAACUGGCGACAACAUAGCAGUGGGCCGCCAGAGUGAUGUGUCCCAUGCAUCACGAAACGCGGAUACCUGGUCGCCCGAUUGGAAUCAUUUGGAAUCUAGGCAUCCAAGCCUUACAGAAUCCCAGCCCGUGCCGAUUGGUUCGCUGCCUGCUGCGCAGCCCCAAUUCCCAGGGCAGAGUACUUAUUAUCGGGUCGCCCCCCAGCAGUACCCCAUAUAUUUCGAUAAUAAUUAUUUGCCGCAAGAUCCAGGCGCCGUAGCAAUUACGGCCUUUCCGCAGCUUAGCCCCGACAAUCUUGACCAAAGCUCUUGGCAACUUCCGUACUCUUCUUUGCCACAGCACAGUCCGCGUCAUCUGAUAAACUCUACACAGUGUCCAAGCAUUCGAGUCACAGGGACAGCGGGAACGGGCAGUGAGGUAGUUGCUCCGCCACAAUCCGAAUUCGCGGCCUGGUCAAAUUAUAUAUCAUCCUACGCCUCAGGCCCGCCACGCAACAACGACCACUCAAACUUCAACCUCUUCACCAUGGGAAACACCUUGCCACCAGUUGACGCAUCGUCGAUACAACUCCCACGCAUUAAUCUUAAGCACGAACGCUCGCAUUCCAUCAAUUCAAACUCAGAUUUACCAACUCCAGUCAGCAUGGCCGGUGGAGCUCUCCCAUCACCUAUUGGUGAUCAACACAGAACGACCAUGUCGAGCCCUCAAACUCACACAAGACAACCCUCCGAAGAAUUCUCCUCGCAAGAUGAACAUGACGGGCCGCUGAGGAAAAAUCACUCAUACAAACGUGCCGAAGAGCCACCGCGUAAUGACGACGCAAAGAUGAUUUGCAAACACCAGGAAUGUUCAGGACUGACAUUCGAUCGCAAGUGCGAGUGGAGCAAACACAUGGACAAGCAUGACCGACCCUACAAGUGUCUCGUCCGAGGAUGCGAGAAGCUGCAAGGAUUCACCUACAGCGGCGGGCUCCUGCGGCACGAACGUGAAGUGCACAAGAUGCACGGCGGCACCAAGAAGUCGCUGUUCUGCCCCUUCACAGAUUGCAAGCGCAGCUCCGGCGCCGGCUUCACACGGAAGGAGAACCUUGCCGAGCACAUCCGCCGCGUGCACCGUCGCACAAGCAUGUCAGCGGACAUGCAUGGCCUGGUGAUCCGCCGUGACAUCCUCGAGCGCUCGCCCACCGUCGAGAGCCGCCAGGCCUCCGAGUCGCCCUAUGUCCGCAACUUGGAGUACCGCGGCAGCGAGGAGCCCGCUCUCAAGCGCAAGCGUGUCACUGAUUCGGUGCUGUCGGAUCGCGCUGACGAGGACUUGCGCGGGGAGAUCAAGCGCCUGCGUUACGAGAAUGAGGAGAAGGACGCGCGGUUACGGCAGCUCGAGCAGGCCGUCAUGGCGCUGCAGCAGAGUCGCAGGUAA